AUGUUCGACGUCUUCGCCCACCUCUUAUCCUCGAUCGCAUCCUUCCUAUUCCCUCUGUUCGCCUCCUACAAGGCCCUCAAGACCUCCGACCCCGCCCAACUGACGCCAUGGCUCAUGUACUGGGUCGUCCUCGCCUGCGCCCUCCUCGUCGAGUCCUGGACUGAGUGGAUCCUCGUCUGGAUCCCCUUCUACGCCUACAUCCGCCUCCUCUUCCUUCUCUACCUCGUCUUGCCCCAGACCCAGGGCGCCCGCAUCAUUUACCAAACCCACGUCCAUCCCUUCCUACAAAAUAACGAGGCCCAGAUCGAGGAGUUUAUAUCUGAGGCCCAUGACCGCCUCAAGGCCGCCGGCAUCGCCUACCUCAAGCGCGCCAUCGAAAUCAUCAAGACGAGCGUGCUCGGCUUGCCCCCAGGCGACCCCGAACCCGCGCCCCAGCCCGCUGCCGCCGCCGCCCCAACUCAGACCUAUACCCAGUCGCUCCUCGCCCGGUUUAGCGUCCCCACUGCGCGCUGGGCUCCUGCGGGCCAUGCGGGCUCUGACUUUUACAACCUUCUCGCCGGCGCCGUGUCCGCUGCCACCAGCGCUGCCGCGGGCAGCGCUGCGCCUGGUCAGCACCAAGACCUCUCCAAGUCGGGCUCCCUUAUUCCGCCUGAGCUACAAGGCGGUGAGAGGACGAGCUUCAUUGCCGCGCAGCGCGAGCGUCUCGCCUUCCUUAUCAAGGCCCUCGACCGUGAGGCCGCCGCCUCCGAGACGGCCUCGGCCGAAGCGUUUGGCCGUCCCGGCAGCAUGCAGCUCGACGGCAGCGAGGAGGAGCCUACACAAAGGCCGCCGAGCGCGCAUAGUGGGUUGAGUAAGUCGCGUAGCGAGACGGACUUUGAAAAGAUUGAUGCCGAGAGCGGGGCCGAGGAUAUCGGCGGCGACGACGAGGACGGUACCGUCCGGCGGAGGCAGACGAGCGGCGGCAGUGGGGGAUCGUCGUGGAUGCCGUGGGGCUGGGGUGCGACGCCGACGGCCGAGAACCCUGAGGGUGGGUCCAGCUCGGGCUUGCAGAAGUGA